AUGGUUGGUGUGCAGGGUAUGUCCGAAGCCAAAGUGGAGAAGAUCAAGGGUUCUUCCUUUGCCACUGGCAUAGAGAUACAAGAGAAGCGUAAAAGAGUCAACACCAUUAGCACGGGGAGUAAGAACGUUGACGUGAUUCUUGGUGGUGGAAUCAUGUCGCAAUCAGUAUCUGAAGGUACGUCCGGCUCUCUUGGCAACGUAUUUGAUGAUCAUAAUCCUGCAGUAUAUGGCGAGUUUCGAACGGGGAAGACCCAGCUCGCGCAUACAAUGAGUGUUGUAGCUCAAUUACCACCAGAUCUCGGUGGAGCCUCUGGAAAGGUUCGGUUCUUCCCCCCUCUGAUACGCUUUGGCUCGAACUAA